UCCAUACUAUCUCAACCUGAUUCCUCGUUCCAACCCCAUACCCCCUCUCCAACCAAACGACCCGCAAGAGUACUCCUCCCUUCAUUCUAUCAUCUUCUUAAAACUGUGAUUUCCAUUUAAUCUGUCACAAUUAGUCAAUGAAUUUCUCACUUAAUUUUCGAGAGCGGCGAAAACACACAUUUAAAUUUCAAACAGUACCACGCGUGUGCCUAUAUAAACACAACUCCACAUAAUCUCUGUUGUUUCAUGCAUCAACUCAUUCUCUCUACACAUACACUCAAUCUGUAUCUAUAAUCACUCAACCACAAAAAGGGUUUCCAAGAUUUGAUUAUCUUUGAAUCACCCAGAUGUCGGUAGUCCACAAUAACAUUCCGGCGAGGGCGUUCUUGACCCCACCCGCCACGUGUAAUUCCCGCCGUUUUCUUCCUAAUCUGCCGGCGACGGAGAGAAAGAGCACUGCAAUUCCGGCCAAGUCACCGGAGAUUAUUACCAAUUUGCCCUCCGCAGACUCUCCCUAUGGCAGAGCUAAGCAUGUUCAGUUGGUGGACAAGAAUCCCAAUAAGGCAGUCUCGAUGUUCUGGACUGCGAUAAAUGCUGGUGAUCGAGUUGAUAGUGCUUUGAAAGACAUGGCAGUUGUGAUGAAACAGUUGGAUAGGUCCGAUGAGGCGAUUGAGGCAAUUAAGUCUUUCAGACAUCUUUGUCCUUCUGAAUCACAAGAAUCUCUUGACAACAUCCUCCUAGAACUCUACAAGAGAUGUGGGAGGACUGAUGAACUUAUUGAAAUUUUACAAGAAAAACUCAAACAAAUUGAGAAAGGUUCGGCUUUUGGUGGGAAGAGGGUGAAGGCAGGUAGAUCACAAGGCAAGAAAAAAGAUAUUACCAUUGAGCAAGAGUAUGCAAGGGUAUUGGGGAAUUUGGCGUGGGCUUACCUACAGCAGGGUAGAUACAAAUCAGCUGAAGAGAUGUACAGAAACUCACUGUCCUUUGAACUAGACAGAAACAAACAAUGCAAUCUUGCAGUCUGUUUAAUGCACAUGAACAGGAUGACAGAAUCCAGACUUCUGCUUCAGACUGUAAGAGAUUCAAGUGGAAAUAGAGAGAUGGAUGAAUCUUUUGCCAAGGCUUAUGAACGUGCUAUGGAGACCUUGACUAAACUAGAAUCACGACAAGGUGAGAAGCUUAUUGCAUCAGCUGAAGAGAGACAUGUGAAUGUCCCUGCACCCUUUUCACCAUUUAAAUAUAGGGGCCCAGAAGGAUGUUUCGCCCAGAAUGGUGGUCCAAAGGGAAGAUUUGGUGAGCUCUCGGAUGCUAACAGAGUAGAUUCACCUGGACAUAAUAACUGGUUUCAGCCGUCUUCACAGUAUCCAUACUGUGAUAAAUGGAAAAAAGCUACCUUUGGCAAGUGGGGGAGUAAAGGUACAACAAAAGAGAGUUUCAUGUUCAAUAAGGAAGACGUCGCCUCCCCAGUUCCCAAUGAAGCUAAUUCAGAAGUGUUACUUACACAACCACGAAGAUGCACAUGGUCAUUUGGUAAUGAAGAGAAGAAAAAGGCAGUGGUACAUGAUGUUCAUCGGAAAUUAAUCUUUGGGCAGGUGAAUGCUGAAAACUGCCCUUCAAAAUCUUCAAGUGCUUCUAACUGUAUCAACGGAAUGAAAGCUCCACCAGACGGGGAUGAUGGUUUUAAGAAACCCAACAGUGAUACUACAGGUAGCGAUAAAUCAACAGAACCAACAGAAGAGACAGCCACAGAUUCAGAAGUCCACCAUGACAUUCAGAGCCAAUCAAAGUCUCCUAGAGGAACAGACUACCAAGACUUUGUCACCUGGACUGGUAAAAAAAGCUGGGCUGAUAUUGCUGAAGAAGAAGAACAAGACUUGCUAAAUGGAAGAAGUAUUUUCCAGUGAAUAUAAUUUUGACAAUUUAAGUGCAUAACAUACAAAUACCCUGUUUGGAUCCCUUCAGAAUUGCUUCAUUUGAUUUCUUUCCUCAGGGAGGGAAUGGAUAUAGCUUCUAUAGUGUGUAGUUUUUUUCUGUCUCUGUAAAUCAGAUUCUAGUGCUUGAUUGAAGAGCAAUUCAACUACUAUGCGAGUUGGUAAAUGCUCUUUCAUUUUACAAUAAAUCAUACCAGGGUCCUGUUGGUGCAAUUCUAAGACAGAUAUAGCUUUCUCAUUGGUUGUUUGUGAAGAUUUUAUAGUAAGCUGAGUAUGUGCUGAUCAAUUGUAAUUCACUUCUGAUGGUCACAGGAAUAGCAAAAUUUCCAUA